CUGACCCUUUGGGCCAAAGUCGAGUUCGGUCUGCAAAGGCCCCCUGGGAAAGCCACAAUCGGCCGCAUCAUCUCGGGGCGUAUCGCGCUGUUGCGGCAGCCUCACGAAAGUGCUCAGCGCAAGAACAAGCCGUCUCCAUUCCAGCUACAGAUCGAUCAAAACAUCGUCGAGUUCAUCAUGCUUGCAGAGGCGGAGGGAAUUUGCCUCAGCGGUGCAAUGAUCGUCUUCUAUGCUACGGUGCUAGCCAAGAAGUUGGGCACCCCUAGACAUACAGUCGACUUACUAACUGCCAUGAAGUGGUGCGAGUCUGCGUGGGAUAAUGUGUCAGCUUCUACAAGUGCUGGUUGCACUCCACGCUCAUUACAUACAAACUUCAGCUGA